AUGCCUCCCCGACGCACAGGAAAUCGCCCUGCUGGGUCCCAGCCAACGCUCUCCUUUGGAUCCCGCACUCGAGUCACCAAGCCAGUCACCGCACCCUCUCGGAACGCCAAGGCCCUCGACUCACCGGCUCCGUCACUAUCCGACAAGUCUGCCACGGGCACUCCAGAGCCCCAACAGGCGUCUGUCACUCCUGUCGAACCUUCCAAGCCGCAUGUUGCAGAGCUCGUAGUCCGAGAGCAGGCUGCAGUCGAACAUCAAGCGCCCUUAUCCGAAGAAGAUAAGCGGGCCCUGAAGUUGACCAAGAAGGACGUUUGGCGAUACUGGCAGGCUCAAGAACAGGCGCGCAAAGCACCCUCUGUCCACCAAGAAGACUUGGAUGUGGAGGAGAAGAUCCUUAGACACUUUGAUCUUUCCAGUCAAUACGGGCCCUGCAUUGGAAUCGCUCGAGUCAAGCGCUGGAGACGGGCGAACAUGCUGAAGCUGAACCCACCCAUUGAGGUCUUGACCGUUCUCCUCAAAGGCAAGGACACGAAGGAGCGGGCCUAUAUUGAUGAGCUGCUCUCAUGA